AUGGCCUUCUUCGACCCCAAACACAAACUCAAGGUCCACAUCCUCCAGAUUAUCCUGAUCCAUGUUGUCCUGGGCCCCUCCGUGCCGCGGCUAUUCAUGAAAGGCCAACCAAGAAGCCGCGCAAACACAAUCGCUUUGGGCAUGGGGGGCAAAUCCAUGAUCAUCAUAUCCUACCAGAUCUUGACAGAGCACUUCGCCAGGUUUCACAAGUGGAGGAGCAUCGAGGCUUAUGCCAUUCUCAACGGCUUGGAAGUCAUCUUCUGGGCCGCCGUCGUGUUCCUGGUCAUUCAGGCAAACAUACAGGUCUGCGUUGGCAUCGGCUGCACCCUGAGUUUGAUCUGGGUCGGGGUGUCAGUCGUCAUAACCAUCGUUGCCGUAUACAUGGCGAUCAUCUCGUAUGUCCAGUUCCGAGUGUCCCGAAUGCACAAGGAGACCCCAAGGCGCGGAGGGUCCUGA